AUGCCAAAUAUUUCUCCUGGAGCACCUUUGGCCUCCUAUCAUGCCUUUUCUGCAGUGGUCUAUAAUAACAGGACGUUUGUGGCAUAUGCGUCGGGAACAUCAGUACCCAUUUUUAUUAAUGGAAAAAAGAUAAUCCAGAUAUUAUCAGUUGAGAAAGAAAUUACUGCUGUCGCUAUUGAUAGGAGAUCAGGGAGAAUUUGCGUAUCCAGUAAAUCAAAUAUAUACAUAUUUGAUAUCACUAAAAAAAUGGAAUUUUCUGUACGAAAAUGUAAAAACAUAGACGCUAAACUAAAUAGUAUAAAGUGGAGUUUAAAAUUAACAUUUACUAUUAAUAAUGAAACCAUAUCUACUUUAUCAUGGGGUGAUAGAGGCGAAAUUUUAAUUGGAGGAACAUGUUUAAAUUUAUAUUCUUCAAAUAUAAAAGACGGAGCAAUAAUUUGGUCUCAAAAACUUUCUCGUCCAGUCGUUUUUGCUAUAAUAUCACCAGAUGCUAAAUUAAUUGCUUGUAUUUCAGAGGCGGAUUGUUUUAUAAAAAUAUGGAAAAAGCCAGAUUUUCAUGAACCUAUAGAAUCAUUUAAACUUGUUUAUCUCCCACAUCCCAAACCCAUAACUUCUAUAAAAUGGAAAAAAAAAUCCUAUAAUGAUCAAGUAAUUAAUAAUAUAUUAUAUUCUAUGUCACAAGACAAAAUAUUACGUAUUUGGACACAAGAAAAUUUGCCAGAAUCAUACAUAUUUAAAUUAUCUUAUAUAAUAGAUGUUAGAAACAAUACAUCGCUAUUUGAGAUACCAUCAAAUAAUCUUGGAGAGGAUUCAUCUUGUUUAAUCAUUGAUAAUAAUAUCUUAACAUCAUCUUUACAACAUAUACCUAAAAAUUCAUCCAACAAAGAAAUAAAUAAAUUAAUUAAUAUAAAAAAUAAAAGCGCAGAUAUUUGUUUAGCAUUUGAUAAUAAUGGUCAAGUCUGGGCAUUUGCCAUAUUAGCAUAUAAUAAUGGGAUUAAUUCAAAAAUCGAAAUAGUACCGAUUUCUUCUACAAAAAAAUCAAAUCUUCACAUUUCUGAGUCCUUAAAACAUGCAGAAUAUUUUGCUAUUCCAGCUAGUGAACAAGAGAACAUAAAAGGCAUAUCACCUAAUUAUAUAAAAAAUGAACUAAUGUUUUUUCCAAAUUCUACUCCUCAAAAACGUAAAUUCAACCUUCAAACUACAUGGACAGGUCAUGGCAAUCAUAUAAAUUCUUUGGUAAAAUCACCAAAAAAUGAUAUAUUAUUGUCAAAGACCAUGGAUGGAACUAUGAUUAUCUGGAAAAUUAAAUAUUUUAACAAAUCUGAAAAUCUUAAAAAAAUAUUCAGUCUACAGCUAAAGGAUUCUCCUACACAUAUAAUAAUAUUUAAUGAAAAAAAUUCUAUCAUUUUAAACUUCAAAAAUAUUUCAAUUUUAGAAAUUAGGAGAAAAUCUGCAAAUAUAAUAGCUACAUGUGAAGAUGUCCCAGUCGAUAUUAUAUUAUGUUUCAUGCAAUUAAAAAAUCCUCUAAAUUUAUCUCAAAAUUUACUUGAUGAAACAUACUUCUUGGCUAUUACAGCGACAAAAAAAGUAUGGAUAUGGAAGUUAUCAAAAAUUAGCGAAAAAGAAAAUAGUAAAAACAUAAACAUAGAGAAAAUUCAAGAAUUUUCUUUAUUUUAUGAAAGUGAUUUGCAUUUAGUAUUACCAAUAAAUCAAAUAAAACGAAGUUCCUAUUUUCAAAAAGAAAUCUUCAUUACUAUUUCUGUUAUUGGCCAAUUAAAAAUAUGGUCUAAAAAAAUUUCAAAAGAUGGAAAACUAUAUAUUUUACCUGAAGCAGAAUCUUUAGAAACCAAAAUACUAAAACCAAAAAUAAUAAAAGAAUUUUCAAAAAAACUUGCUAUAAUAUGUCAAAAAGGAAAAGAACUUACAAUUUGGGAUAUCCGGUCUUUAGAAUUUUCUGAAAUUGAAGAAUGUAGAUAUUACUUUUCUACAGAAAGUGAAAUAUCUAAUUUAGAUUGGACAUGCACAAAGAACUCGCAAUUAGUACUUGCUCUAUGCUUUAAAUAUAAGGUUAUUCUUAUUUGUCAAACAAGCCAUAAUUAUGAAAAUAAACAAAAAUCUUGGUUUCUCUUUAGAAGUUUUGAUAUAUCUAGUUUAACGAACAACUCGAUACAACAUUUAAUUUUUUUAAAUAAUAUGACUUUAAUUGUUGGAAGCAAAAACCAACUAUUUUUAUAUAAUAAAGCAAAUGAUAAUGUUGAUACCAUUAAUAUACCUCAUAAAACAAAUGAAAAAUACAUAUCGCCUAAAAACAUAAUGCUUCUUAAUACUAUAUUACCAGUAUAUCAUCCUCAAUUCCUUGAACAAUUAUUGUUAAUAGGAGAUAUAGAAAAUGUAAGAAAUAUACUAAUUAAUUUAUACGAAAUUCUAGAUUCUUUUGAAAAAAACUAUGCAAUAAAUAAAAAUAGAAUCGAAAUUAAAGAUAGCUUCUUGGGAAUACCAAUUGAUGUCUUUUUAAAAAAAAAAAAAAAAAAAAAUCAGUAUGACAGAAAGCAUCUUAAUUAUCAUCAACUUUUUAGUACUGAAGAUAAAAAUAUAGAAACCAUUGAUCAGAUUCCUUUUGAAAGAUUAUUAUCUCGGAUUAAUGAUUGUCUAUUAUCUUAUACUAUUACUAAUCUUAAUACCUCUGAACAACAUCACUUAAUUUCUUUAAUAAAAUCUAUAAAAAAUAUUGAAUUGCACAAAAAUUCUAUUGAUACUAAUGGGAUUCGAUACUAUUUAUUUUUUUUGAAAAAUUUAUAUCUAUUUAACAAUGAAAAGGUCAAUAUAUCAAUGAAAGAAGCCAUAUGGGCUUUUCACAGCGACUCUCAAGAAACUUUGUUACAACUUAUUAAUCAAGAAUAUGAAAAAAAUUUUACUUAUAUUCAAAUACACAGUUCCUAUUGUUUUUUUUGGCUCAAAGAUAGAAAAAAUUUGAAACUUCAAAUGGAGACAUUAGCAUAUAAAAAAUAUCUGAUAAAUGACAAAAAUCCAGAAUUUUGUUCACUAUUUUAUAUCGCUUUAAGGAAAAAGAAUAUACUCCUCAAUUUAUGGAAGAUGGCUACUGGGCACUCUAAUCAAAAAAUUAUGAUAAACUUUUUAUCAAAUGACUUUUCUGAAACUCGUUGGAAAAUAGCAGCUCAAAAAAAUGCAUUCGUUCUUUUAGGAAAACACCGUUAUGAAUACUCUGCAGCAUUCUUCCUUCUUGCAGAUAAAUUGCAAAAUGCAGUAAAUAUAUGCAUAAAGAACUUACAAGACAUUUCUCUUGCAAUCGGUAUAUCUAGAGUAUAUGAAGGAGACGAUAGUCAAAUAUUUAAAAAUCUUUUGAGGACUUAUAUAAUUCCAGAUGCAAUAAAAUUUAAUGAUAGAUGGUUAGCUUGUUGGGCAUUUUGGAUUCUAGGGAAAAUAGACCUUUCCAUUAAAAGUCUUGUUCUUCCCUUAACUUCAUUACUAGAAAAAAAUUCUAAAAGCAUAAUUCCAAUUAAUUAUAAAAAAAUGUUUGACGGAGAUCCAAGUCUAAUUAUCUUAUAUAAAGAAUUAAAAAGUAAAAGCUCACAAAUAUUUAAAAAUCCAGUUAUUUCUCAAUAUCAAGAAUUUAAAUUUAUACUUUAUGUAGCUCAUCUUUAUACUUAUAUAGGCUGUGAUACACUUGCUCUUAAUCUUAUACAAGGAUGGAAUUUUGAAAAUCAAUUCUUAUCAAAUUAUAAAAAAACUUAUAAAGAUUUAUAUCCAAAAAUACCGUUAAAUGAUCAUAACAAUAAUACUGUACUAAAUACACCAUCAAUUAUAAAAGAAUACGAAUCAAACUUAAACACAUUUCAUUUUUAG